AUGAAGGCCUUCAUAGUGAAAACUGAUGAAAUAUUUGAAGUACAAGGGGCAGAAAUUCAAAAUUUAGAGAAGCAAGUGGGGAAGAUUGCAAUGAUAUUAUCUGAGAGGGUUCCAGGAACUCUCCCUGCUGAUAUUGAAAGAAAUCCCAAAGAAACAGUGAAUGCUGUAACUUUGAGAAGUGGGCAAGUGUUGAAAGAUCUCAACCCAAUCCAAAAAGGUAUGAGACUUGAAAAGGAAAGCGGGGAGCAGCUGAAAAGUGAUGUUGAUAAGAAGAAGAAAGGCCAGAGGGAAGUUGAGAAAAAGAAGAAGGAAGAAAACUCGAGAAGGGAGGAACCUGAGGAGAGCAAGCAUAUGCCUGCUCUACCUUUCCCCCAAAAGCUAAGUAGAGAAAAGUGUUACACCCAGAUGCCUGCUUAUGCUAAAUUCUUGAAAGAGAUCCUUACAAAGAAGAGGAAAAUAGAGGAGACCUCACUGGUCAAGCUCACAGAGCAUUGUAACACGAUAUUACAAAAUAAACUCCCACAAAAGUGUGGAGAUCUAGGGAGUUUUACUAUACCUUGCUCUUUAGUAACUAUUAAUUUUGAUAAAUCCUUAUGUGAUUCUGGUGCCUCAAUUAAUUUAAUGCCUCUAUCUAUCUACAGGAAACUAGAGAAGGAGGAUGGAAAGAUAAGGUCUGCACCCAUAUCUUUGCAGCUGGCAGACCAAACGACUACACCUGAGGAGAUAGUGGAAGAUGUGUUAGUUCGGGUGGAUAAGUUCGUAUUUCCAGUGGAUUUUAUAGUGGUAAAUAUGGAGGAAAACAAGGAGGUACCCCUCAUCCUAGGAAGACCAUACUUAGAGACGAGAAGAGCUAUAUUAGAUAUACAAGAGAGAAAACUCAUGCUUAGAGUGGGUGAGGAGACUGUGACUUUUAAGAUGGAUGUAUCAAAGGGGGCACAAAAGGACAAACCAGCUGCGAGUGUUGAGUGGAAAGCAAAGGGCUCGAAUUAG